CAGGCGGGGUGAGCUGCAGGUGCCAGAACACAGAUUGCAUAUAAGGCUGGGGGCUGGUGGGGGCAGGGGAAGGGAGUGCACCAGACCCAGGUCUGGAGUUUCAGAUUGGACGCUGAGCCCUGCGGACACUCCGAGAAGGCUGGGGCUGGCCAACCUGACAUCGUCCCGGCUUCUGUCCUGCCCUCCAUAGCCAUGGGGAGCCAUCUCAGCCCCCAGCUCUGCCUGCUGUCCUUGGUCUUGGGCCUCCUGUCUGGAGGCGUGAGCGCGACCCCAGUGCCUGCAGACCAGUCCCAGAGAUCCUGUUCUCCGGAGGAGGCUGCGAUCAAAGGCGGCUCCUUCCGGCUCCUGCAGGAGGGCCGCACCCUGGAGUACGUGUGUCCCUCUGGCUUCUACCCGUACCCCGCUCAGACGCGCACCUGCAGGUCCACGGGGUCUUGGAACACUCUGAAGACCCAAGACCAGAAGAUAGUCAAGAAGGCCGAGUGCAGAGCCAUCCGCUGCCCGCGGCCGCAGGACUUUGAGAACGGGGAAUACUGGCCCCGGGCGCCCUACUACAACCUGAGCGACGAGAUCUCGUUCAGCUGUUACGACGGUUACAAGCUCCGGGGCUCUGCCAACCGCACCUGCCAGGCCAACGGCCGGUGGGACGGGCAGACGGCCAUCUGUGAUGAUGGAGCGGGGUACUGCCCCAACCCAGGCAUCCCCCUCGGCACGAGGAAGGUGGGCAGCCAGUACCGCCUGGAGGACAGCGUCACUUACUACUGCAGCCGGGGGCUCACCCUGCGCGGGUCCCAGCGGCGAACGUGCCAGGAAGGUGGCUCUUGGAGUGGGACGGAGCCUUCCUGCCAAGACUCCUUCAUGUACGACACCCCUCAAGAGGUGGCCGAAGCCUUCCUGUCUUCCCUGACGGAGACCAUAGAAGGAGUUGAUGCCGAGGACGGGCACAGCCCAGGGGAGCAGCACAAGCGGAAGAUCAUCAUCGACCCCUCGGGCUCCAUGAACAUCUACCUGGUGUUGGACGGAUCUGACAGCAUCGGGGCCAGGAACUUCACGGGGGCCAAGAGGUGUCUCACCAAUCUGAUUGAGAAGGUGGCCAGUUACGGGGUGAAACCAAAAUACGGUCUCGUGACAUAUGCCACAGUCCCCAAAGUUUUGGUCAGAGUGUCUGACCCAAGGAGCAGCGAUGCAGACUGGGUCACGCAGAAGCUUAACGAGAUCAGUUAUGAAGACCACAAGCUGAAGUCAGGGACCAACACCAAGAGGGCCCUCCAGGCAGUCUACAGCAUGAUGAGCUGGGCAGGGGACCACCCCCCGGAGGGCUGGAACCGCACCCGCCACGUCAUCAUCCUCAUGACCGACGGCUUGCACAACAUGGGCGGGGACCCAGUCACUGUCAUCGAUGAGAUCCGGAACUUGCUGGACAUCGGCAGGGAUCGUAAAAACCCAAGGGAGGAUUAUCUGGACGUCUACGUGUUUGGGGUCGGGCCUCUGGUGGAUCAAGUGAAUAUCAACGCUUUGGCUUCCAAGAAGGAGAAAGAGCAGCACGUGUUCAAAGUCAGGGACAUGGAGAACCUGGAGGACGUUUUCUACCAAAUGAUCGAUGAAACCAAGUCUCUGGGUCUCUGCGGCAUGGUCUGGGAGCACAAGCAAGGCACCGACUACCACAAGCAGCCGUGGCAGGCCAAGAUCUCCGUGACUCGCCCUCUGAAGGGACACGAGAACUGCAUGGGGGCCGUGGUGUCCGAGUACUUUGUGCUGACAGCGGCCCACUGCUUCACUGUGGAAGACCAGAAACACUCCAUCAAGGUCAGCGUGGGAGGGAAGAGGAAGGACCUGGAGGUAGAAGAAGUCCUAUUCCACCCUAACUACAACAUCAACGGGAAAAAGGCAGCCGGCAUUCCCGAGUUUUACGACUACGACGUGGCCCUGAUCAAACUCAAGAACAAGCUGCACUACGACCAGACCCUGAGGCCCAUCUGUCUCCCCUGUACGGAGGGGACAACUCGAGCUCUGAGGCUCCCUCCGACGACCACUUGCCAGCAACAGAAGGAAGAACUGCUCCCUGCAAAGGACGUCAAAGCUCUGUUUGUGUCUGAGGAGCAGAAGAAGCUGACCCGAAAGGAGGUCUACAUCAAGAACGGCGAUAAGAAAGCCAGCUGUGAGAGAGAUGCUCGCUACGCCGCAGGCUAUGACAAGGUCAAGGACAUCUCUGAGGUGGUCACCCCCCGGUUCCUCUGCACGGGAGGAGUACAACCCUACGCUGACUACAACACCUGCAAAGGCGAUUCUGGCGGCCCCCUGAUCAUUCACAAGAGGAGUCGCUUCAUUCAGGUCGGCGUCAUCAGCUGGGGAGUGGUGGAUGUCUGUAAGAACCAGAGGCGGGAACAGCAGGUACCUGCUCACGCGCGCGACUUUCACAUCAACCUCUUCCACGUGCUGCCCUGGCUCAAAGAGAAACUCAAAGAUGAAGACCUGGCA